UUAUUAUGAACAUAGGACUGACCUGAAGGAAAUGCUAAAUCUGAAUGCAGCUAAUAAACUCGCUCACUUGAUCUCUUUCUCACAAUACUCUUCUACAUAAUACAGUAAGCUUCAAUGAACAAUAUAAAUUGAGAACAUACAGUUUACAUUGCUAAGAGUGGUUGCUAAGGGUGUUGUGUAGUGAUACACAGAACCGUUGGGUGAAGCGGUCAUAGCCGUGUUUUAUCAUGAAUAAAACACAGCUAUUGACCAAUCAGAAUCAAGGACAGGAACUAACCAUUUUAUAAUAACAGUUAGAAAACAGUAAAUUGUAAUAAUAUUUUACAAUAUGACUGUUUUACUGUAUUUUUGAAAUGCUGUAAAUGCUGUUUUGGUGAGCGCAAGAUACUUUUCAAAAACAUUAAAAAAUCUUACAGACUCCAACCUUUAUACAUAACUUGUAUAUUAUAGUAACAAACAACCUCAGAGGACAAAGAGUCAGGAGCCCUACGUGUCCACAGGCAUGAAUGUCGUCACCUAGCAAGUGUCUUUCUCGUAAUCGAGAGCUAAAUUUAGCGGCCAAAACCUGCCACUUUACACACACGCACAACACAGGACCCCUUUAAUGACUGGCGUUUAAUGUUUGGAGACAAUUUUCACUCUAUUUACUCCAGAGAGUCCAAAGCUCAGGUGGCGCCCAGUGACUAGGCAACUGAGAGGAUGGAUAAAAGGAGCAGACUGAAUUCAUGUUGGUCGUCGCAUGACACUCUGGAUUCAAGUCACUGAAAACAACAUGAUAAGAUUUUACAAAUAGUGACUUGUGCCCGCUGAGACUGACAACGUUAUCCAAAGACUGAGAAUGAAGAUCCAUAAUACUGUUGUUUUAUAGCAGACUGACAGUAGUAAUGGAAGUCUUGUAUGGGUAUGGGAUUAGCAGUACGUUAUACCUGCAGACGCAUUAUGGGCAUGCCCAAAGCUGGUUUACGUUUGUGUCUACUGUGGCAGACCUGCGUACAACAUUUUUAGUCUUUUUUCCCAUCUGGUUCCACCUACAAUCAGCAGUGGGAGUAAAGCUUGUCUGGGUUGCUGUUGUGGGAGACUGGCUCAACUUAGUCCUCAAAUGGCUCAUGUUUGGUGAGCGUCCUUAUUGGUGGGUUAAAGAAACGGUUUAUUAUGGCAACUUGACUCUACCACAAAUCAAACAGUUCCCCAUGACCUGCGAGACUGGCCCCGGAAGUCCCUCAGGUCAUGCAAUGGGAGCUGCAGGGGUGUACUAUGCCAUGAUCACAUCACUGCUGCCGAUUUUGCAGGGAUGUGAUGCCCUAAAAAGAUGGUGCUUGCAGGGUCUUCUUUGGGCUCUUUUCUGGGGUGUGCAGGUGUGUGUCAGUCUUUCUCGAGUCUUCAUUGCAGCUCAUUUCCCACAUCAGGUCUUUGCUGGAGUUGUUUCGGGAAUUGCUGUGGCCAAGGCUUUUAAUAGAGUGUCCUGGAUCUAUUCAGCAAGCUUGAAGGGUUAUGUGCACACCAUCCUCUGUCUCGUGUUUGUUGCGCUGGGGCUUUAUGCUUUGUUGGAUGCUGCUUCAAUAGACCCCUACUGGAGCCUAAUGAAGGCACAGAAGUGGUGCAUUCAGUCUGAAUGGGUCCAUCUGGACACCACACCCUUUGCUGGCCUCCUCCGCAACACUGGCGCCCUGUUCGGCCUAGGGCUGAGCCUCCAUUUGCCUAGUCAUGGUGAUCUGGAGAAAAACAAGAGCUGUGGAAACAGCGCCAUUUACAGAUUGACCUGUACAGCAGCAACACUGCCACUCCUGAGCCUCUUGGACUCAUUCAGACCACCGACUAGCACUCAUGCUCUCUUCUAUGCCCUUUCUUUUUGUAAGGGCGCCACUGUGCCUCUAACCACUAUAAGUUUUGUACCUUACUGCAUAAGCACAUUAGCAAAUGUAUACAACAGAAUAAAAGCACAAUAAAAUUCUUAUUUUUGCUAAUUAAGUCUGUAUUUACUAUUUUCCUCACUUUGCCCUUUUGUAUUAUUCUAGAAAACAAAAUAUUACUUUAUAUGCUUUUUAAAGCAAAGAUAUCAUCAGAAUAGGCCUAUCCUAUGAUACUUAUAAUAUAUAAUUAAGUAUUAUAAAUAAUAUAAAUGGCACGAAUGAAAGAGAUCAAAGAGCUAUAUCUGAUGAAGUUUUCAGUCAAAAAUGUAUGUAUUAAACAGUAUUUUAAAUAUUUGCUAGCCAACAUAAUCGUUUGAUAUGUUUGUGUGUUACUUUUUAUAUUUUUGCUCAUAUGAAUUGUUUUGUGUUUUAUAAUAAUUGUUUUACUGUUUAAAUUUUGCUUAUUCAUAUUUGGCUGUUCAAGGUUCGGUUGUGAAACUUACCCCAUUUUGUGUGACAGCAUGCCUCUCUUUAAAAGGCAAAUGUUUGUUCAAUGCGCCCGCAUAGAAAUUGACUUUCAAAAAUAAACCUACUCUGAGAGAUAUUCACUGCAGUAAAAAGUGUGACAACUAGCCCUGGUAACCUGGUAACUAUUAUGAAUCAUCGAACAGUUUUUUUGUUUGUUUGUUUGUUUUUAAUUGAGCUUGAACAAUAAACAUACGAUGAUAUAUUGUGCAUAA